AUGACUUCAAACACUAAACCACAAUCCAAGAACUUACGUCACUUAUUAUCUGAUGAAGCAAAAUCACGUCAAAAUUCUCCAUUAAAAUGUGCAUUUAGAUUCUUUGGUCAACCAGGUAUGACUUUCUUAGGUGGUGGAUUACCAUUAUCUAAUUAUUUCCCAUUUGACAAAAUUACUGCUGAUAUUCCAACUCCAUCUUUUGAAAAUGGUAUUGGUGCUCAAAUCACAGAAGAAAAUAAAUCUGUUAUUGAAAUUUUCAAACGUAAAGAAUUAAAUGAUCCAAAAGAUCAUCAUGUUGAAUUAGCUAGAAGUUUACAAUAUGGUUAUACUGAAGGUGCUCCUGAAUUAAUUAAUUAUUUGAAAGAACAUACUGAUUUAAUUCAUAAAGUUCCUUAUGAAGAUUGGGAUUUAAUUGCAACUGUUGGUAAUACUGAAUCUUGGGAUUCUACUUUACGUACUUUUUGUACAAGAGGUGAUUGUAUCUUAGUUGAAGAAUAUUCAUUUUCUUCUGCUUUGGAAACUGCUCAUGCUCAAGGUGUUAAUACCAUUCCUGUCAGUAUGGAUGAACAUGGUUUGAUCCCACAAGCUUUAGAAGAAGUUAUGGCCAAUUGGAUCGGUAAUCAACCAAAAUUAUUAUAUACUAUCCCAACAGGUCAAAAUCCAACUGGUUCUUCAUUAAGUUUUGAAAGAAGAAAAGAAAUUUAUAAAAUUGCAUGUAAAUAUGAUUUCAUAAUUGUUGAAGAUGAACCUUAUUAUUUCUUACAAAUGGAAUCUUACACUAAGGAUAAAGCUGCUCGUGAAGGUAAAGCAGUUCAUAACCAUGAAGAAUUUGUUGACGCAUUAGUUCCUUCUUUCAUCUCCUUAGAUGUUGAAGGUAGAGUCCUUAGAUUGGAUUCUUUCUCCAAAGUCUUGGCUCCAGGUGUAAGAUUUGGUUGGAUUGUAGGUCAAGCCACUUUAUUAGAAAGAUUUGUUAGAUUGCAUGAAGUUACUAUCCAAGGUCCAUCUGGUUUCACCCAAUCCUUACUUAAUGGAUUAUUAUAUAAAUGGGGUCAAUCAGGUUAUUUAGAUUGGUUAAUUGGUUUAAGAGCAGAAUAUACCAAAAAGAGAGAUGUAGCAAUUGAUACUGUGGCUGAAUUCUUCCCUAAAGAUAUCGUAACUUAUACUCCACCAGUUGCAGGUAUGUUUUUCACUAUUGAUAUUGAUGCUUCAAAACAUCCUAAAUUUGAAGAAUUUGGUCAGGAUCCAAAUAAAGUCGAAACUGCAAUUUAUGAACAAGCAAUUAAACAAGGUUCUUUAAUGAUUCCUGGUUCUUGGUUUAAAGUGGACGGACAAUCUUCUCCUCCACAAAAAGUAUUACCUGUUAAUUCUUCUAAAAAGAAUAUCAUUUUCUUUAGAGGUACUUAUGCUGCUGUUCCUUUAGAUCAAUUGAUUAUUGGUUUACAAAAGUUUGCUAAGGCUGUUAAAAUUGAAUAUGAAUUGUAA